AUGUCAAAUCUUGCCUUGAGAAAAACGACUCAAAAAGGAAAUGAGAUGAAAUUUACUGCUCAGGGAACCAUGCUGAAGCAACAGGGUUUUCACGAAGUGAACAAAAGAAGGCCUUUGUUGCAAGAUAGCAGCUGGAUAAAGAAACGUCCUGAAGAAGAAAAAGAUGAAAAUUAUGGUAGGGUGGUGCUCAGCCGGCACAACUCCCACGAAGCCUUGGACAGGAAAACCACUGAGAGAGAUGAGCCAAAAGCCACAAUUAGUCGGUACAGAUCUGAUGACACUUUAGACAGAAGCCUGUCCACAUUUAGGUCACCAGAAGUAGCAAAGUCGCAACAUGGUGAUUUGUUCCACGCAAGCACUGCCAACACGACGAUUUCCACCUCUGCUACGACUCCUGUGAAGAAAAAGAGACAAUCCUGGAUACCACCACCUCCUCCAGGUUCUCAUGCCACAGCAAGCCCAGGAGCCAGCAGAAGGGCUCACCCUCUGAUUCCUCCAAAGCCCAGUUCUCCAAUUUCUUCACCUGACUUGCUGAGACAGGAUAAUAGACAAAUAUGUCCACCUAAACCAGGUGUAUAUGCUGAAACCAACAGAUCUGCUGAAAGAAAUACAAGUGAAGAAUUAGAUAAUAUCAUCAAGAUGAACAAAAGCUUGAAUAGGAAUCAAGGUCUUGAUGGUCUCUUCAGAGCAAAUCCUAAAGCAGAGCAAACAGAGAAGAGAGCCAAAAGCCUUGAGAACCUCAUCUAUCUGAACUCCCGGACAGAAAAAGAUGGCAAAGGGUAAGGUUUGAUUGAAACUCUUACAGACCACUUAGACUAUAAACCACUUUCUGAUACCGAGGCUUUGGAAGUCUUAGUAAAAUUAAUCAAAGGACUGACAAAAAUGAAAGCAGGUGAAAGGUGCCUGAUUUUUGACAGGUUUAUUUCAUCAGAUGGGAAUAGGAGAGCUAAUGAUUUUACUGGGAAAAGUGGUUUAGCAAACAAAAAUGGAGUCAUCUCUUCAGAUAGGAGUAAGGAGUCUGGUUCUAUUGGCACUGAAGACCUUGAUAAUCUAAUCAAAGUAAAACCAAGGACAGCAAAAAGUGCCCAAGGAAGUGAACAAAGUCUUGAUGAGCUUAUUAAUGUAAGCCCCAAAGCUGUCAAAAAGAUCACUGGAGAUCAGGACCUAGAAAAAUUAAUUAAAGUAAAUUCCAAUGUGUCUGAAAAUGAGAAUGGAAGACUAAAUGGACAAGUCACUGUUUCCACCACUAAACAACUAAACAACAAACUGAAAGGAAGCACUGCCUAUUCUUAUGAAACCAGAAACAAUAGCAGCUCCGGUGUUGGAACCAGACCUGCAGGAUCAAAGGAUACAGUCGUGUACACAAGGACAUAUGUGGAGAAUAGUAAAUCACCAAAGGAUGUGCCUCCAGAAAAUGUCUCUGGAAAAUACAUUCAAACUGUUUAUUCUACUUCUGAUAGGUCUGUCAUUGAGAGAGAUAUGUGCACUUAUUGCCGAAAACCCUUGGGUAUAGAAACAAAAAUGAUUUUAGAUGAAUUACAAAUUUGCUGCCACUCCACUUGUUUUAAGCUAGGGUGGAAGCAGCUGCCUAGGACCGCCGCCCACACAGUCCCACCCAAAGGCAGCGCAUCUGCCCCCCCCGGGCGAAUCCUCCAGCCCUCGGGCCCCGCCCCGUCCCGCCUCGGGGCUGCGACUAAAACCUGGAGCUGCCGCGGCGCCCUGGGGACCGGAGGACGCACUGAGCAUGUGCAGAGCAGCUUAGUGGCGGCAGCCCUGGUCGGAGGCAGGGGACCGGUGCUGAUGUGGACAGCCGGCGCAGCUUCAGCUUCAGCGAGCCCUGUGCACCGGGCUGGCGCGGCAGGGAAGAAGCCGUAG